AUGUGGAUUCUCGACUGGUGUAAGUUCACUACCCUCCCUCUCUGGGAUGUUCUGUCCUCACUUGGACUCAUGAACAAGCAUGCCAAACUCCUCUUCCUCGGACUUGACAAUGCAGGAAAGACCACGCUUCUGCACAUGCUCAAGAACGACAGGGUCGCUGUCCUCCAGCCGACUCUGCACCCCACUUCCGAAGAGCUCUCAAUAGGAAACGUCAAGUUCACAACCUUCGAUCUCGGAGGUCACGCACAAGCCCGCCGACUAUGGCGCGAUUACUUCCCCGAAGUUUCCGGCAUCGUCUUCCUUGUUGACGCCAAAGACCACGAGCGUCUCUCUGAGUCAAAAGCCGAGCUCGAUGCUCUUCUCGCCAUGGAGGAGCUGAAGAAUACUCCUUUCGUCGUUCUUGGAAACAAGAUUGACCACCCCGACGCCAUCUCCGAGGACCAGCUCCGUUCCGCGCUCGGUCUAUACCAGACAACCGGUAAGGGCAAGGUACCGCUCGAGGGUAUCCGCCCGGUUGAGGUCUUCAUGUGCAGUGUGGUCAUGAGGCAGGGAUACGGAGAGGGUAUCAGAUGGUUGAGCCAGUACGUCUAG